AUGCCCUCGCGCGGCGCCUCCUCCUCCGUCACCCCGCGCGAGGCCAUCGCGGUGGGCGACGAGGAGGCCGGCGGCGCGCCCCGCGACAACACCGGCGACAUCAUCGCCGCCAAAGCCGCCGCCAAAGCCGCCGCAGCCGCCGCCACCGGGGGCUCCGACGCGUACGGAGCCUCCUCCAUCCAGGUCCUCAAGGGCCUCGAGCCUGUGCGAAAGCGACCGGGGAUGUACAUCGGCAACACCAGCACCAAGGGCCUGCACCACAUGGUGUGGGAAGUGUUGGACAACGGCGUGGACGAGGUCCAGGCGGGACACGCGUCUUUGAUCACCGUCACCGUGGAGGCUGACGGGAGCGUCGCCGUCGAGGAUGACGGUCGAGGCAUCCCGACGGAUGUACACCCGGCGACGGGCACGAGCUCGCUGGAGACGGUGCUCACGGUGCUGCACGCGGGAGGUAAGUUUGGCGGCGACGAGAGCGGGUACCACGUCUCGGGCGGCCUGCACGGCGUGGGCAUCUCCGUCGUGAACGCCCUGAGCGACUCGACGGAGGUGACGGUUUGGAGGGGAGAUCGCGAGUACCGGCAGUCGUUCAGCCGCGGCGCCGCGCUCGCGCCGAUGACGGAGGGGUCGCAAGACGUCGCGAACGUCGGGAAGAAAAAGGGAACGCGGGUGAGGUUCAAGCCGGACCCGAGCAUCUUCAAGGAGAGGCAGGAUUUCGAUCCCAACAUCAUCCUCGCGAGGAUGAAGGAGCUGGCUUUUCUGAACUCCACGGCGACGGAUGAGGCCUCGAUGGACGAGGGUGACGUGAAGAAGACCGAGGAGUACUACGAGGAGGUGCUCUCCUUCCCCGGCGGUUUGAAGGACUACGUGGUGGACCUCAACGAGGGCGCCGAGCCGCUCCACGAGCCCAUCACCUUCCGCGCCGAGGUGGACGGCGUGCAGGUGGAGGGCGCGCUGCAGUGGACGAAGGAGGCGUACACCGAUACGCUGCUCGGUUACGCCAACAGCAUCAGAACCAGCGACGGGGGCACGCACCUCGACGGCUUGAAGCAGUCGCUCACGCGCGCGGUGAACACUCAGGCGAGGAAGGCGAAGCUGCUGAAGGAGGCGGACGCUAACCUGGGCGGCGAGCACAUCCGCGAGGGCCUGAGCGCGGUCAUCGCGGUGUGGGUGCCCCAACCCGAGUUUGAGGGCCAGACCAAGACCAGGUUGGGUAACCCCGAGGUGAGGAAGGUUGUCGAGAGCGUCAUCGGCGAGCAGGUCUCGGAGCACCUCGAGUUUUACCCAAACACGCUCGGCAGCAUCUUCAGCAAGGCGAGCCAGGCGCAAAAGGCGGCGGAGGCGGCGAAGCGCGCGAGGGAGCUGGUGCGCCGCAAGAGCGUCCUGCGCAGCGGCUCGCUUCCCGGAAAGCUCUCCGACUGCAGCGUCAGCGACCCGGAGAGCACGGAGAUUUUCCUCGUGGAGGGCGACUCCGCGGGCGGCAGCGCGAAGCAGGGCCGCGACAGGCGCUUCCAGGCGGUGCUCCCGCUGCGGGGUAAGAUCCUCAACGUCGAGCGCAAGGACGAGGCGAGCAUGUACAAGAACACCGAGAUUUCCUCCAUGGUCACCGCGCUCGGGCUGGGUUUAAAGGGGGAGCCCUUCGACGAGUCGCAGCUGAGGUACAGCAAGAUUGUCAUCCUCACCGACGCCGACGUCGACGGCGCGCACAUCCGGACGCUGCUGCUCACCUUCCUCUUCAGGUACCAGCGGGGGCUGUUCGAGCAGGGCAAGGUUUACGUCGCCGUGCCCCCGCUGUACAAGGUGGAGUCUGGCCGCGCGGGCAAGAACAACCCGCCGACGUACUGCUACGACGAGGCGCAGCUCCAGGCGCACCUCGCGACGUUACCCGAGGGCGCGUCCAGGAGCAUCCAAAGGUUCAAGGGUCUGGGCGAGAUGAUGCCCGAGCAGCUGUGGUCGACGACGCUGAACCCGGAGACUCGGCUGCUGAAGCGGCUGACGGUGGACGACGCGGCGAUGGCGAACAAGACGUUCCAGCUCCUGAUGUCGGACAAGGUGGCGCCCAGGAGGGAGUUCAUCGAGACGGAGGGACCCAAGCUCGAGGACAUCGACGUGUGA